AUGAGCUCGCAAAAGUAUAGAUCUCAGAUCAUCUCUUUCUUUAUCUCUCUCUCUCUCUAUCUAUCUAUCUAUCUAUCUAUCUAUCACAGUCUUCUCAUUAUCUGUCUAUCUGUCUAUCUACCUGUCUAUCUCAGUCUAUUCAUAUUAUCUAUCUAUUUAUAUCAGUCUAUUCAUAUCAUCUAUCUAUCUAUCUGGACGGGCACCUCGAGGCGAACUUCAUCCCUGAAUUUCUUUCUGAAUAGAACUUCAUCCCUAAAUUUCAUUUUGAAUGGAGCUUCAUCCCUGAAUUUCUUUCUGAAUGCAACUUCAUCCCUGAAUUUCUUUCUAAAUGGAGCUUCAUCCCUGAAUUUCUUUCUGAAUAAAUUCAUCCCUGAAUUUCUUCAUCCCCAGCAUUUCUUUCUGAAUAGAACUUCAUCCCUGAAUUUCUUUCUGAAUGCAACUUCAUCCCAGAAUUUCUUUCUGAAUGGAGCUUCAUCCCUGAAUUUCUUUCUGAAUGCAACUUCAUCCCUGAAUUUCUUUCUGAAUAGAACUUCAUCCCAAAAUUUCUUUCUGAAUGCAACUUCAUCCCUGAAUUUCUUUCUGAAUGCAACUUCAUCCCAGAAUUUCUUUCUGAAUGGAAUUUCAUCCCCUUAA